UGACGUUUGUCACGACGUUGUCAAGUGUGGCGACAAGUGGCUGGAGGUUAUCGUCUGUAUCUUUGAAUGACCUUUACUUAAAUUUCAAAAACGGUCCUUGCUUCCAUUACUUAAAGUUCCUCUAAAUUAAAGAAAAAAGAUCAAAAUGUUGCCCGGCUGUGUGAGAGCCGUUUAUUAAGAGUAUCUCGCGUCUUCUGCUGGACGUUUUAUCCGUGGUUUGUUCGAUUCAACGAUGGCCAAAAGGGUUUUUAAUUAUGUGAAUAAGGCACUUGGAUUGGCUUCUAGCAACAGUUAUGCCACCGAAGCUACAUUCGAAACAAAGCCAUUCAGGCUGCACAAAUUGGAGGAAGGACCAGCGACUACUGUUACUUUAACGAAAGAGGACGCUAUUAAAUACUAUACCCAGCUGCAUAUGAUCCGUCGUAUGGAAACCUCGGCCGGCAAUUUGUACAAAGAGAAAAUUAUUAGAGGCUUUUGCCAUCUUUACUCAGGGCAGGAAGCGGUUGCAGUAGGUAUCCAUGCAGCCCUACGGCCCCACGACAGUGUGAUUACCGGAUACCGCGCACAUGGUUGGACCUACAUUAUGGGUGUACCACCGCUUGGAGUUCUGGCGGAAUUGACGGGACGGCAAAGUGGCUGCGCCAAAGGGAAAGGGGGCUCUAUGCACAUGUACACCAAAAAUUUCUACGGAGGUAACGGUAUCGUGGGAGCCCAGGUACCUUUGGGGGCGGGAAUUGCCCUGGCCGCCAAAUACAAGGGUACCGACGGAGUUUGUGUGGCUCUGUACGGUGACGGGGCCGCCAAUCAAGGCCAAGUAUUUGAAACAUACAAUAUGGCGAAAUUGUGGGACAUUCCGUGCAUAUUCGUGUGCGAAAACAAUGGAUAUGGUAUGGGAACCAGGGCGGACAGGGCUGCGGCUAGUACUGCUUUUUAUACGAGAGGAGACUUCGUGCCCGGACUGUGGAUUGAUGGUAUGGACGUGCUCGCGGUUAGGGAAGGCGCCCAUUUCGCCGUGAAUCACUGCGCAAGCGGCAAGGGGCCCAUUGUAUUGGAAGUCGCUACCUACAGGUAUUCGGGCCACUCAAUGUCCGAUCCGGGGACGAGUUACAGAACGCGCGAGGAGGUGCAGGAGGUGCGUCAAACGCGCGAUCCGAUCACGUCGUUCAAAGAGAAAAUCCUGUCGGCGAAUUUGGUGGACGCGGACGAGAUAAAGAAAAUCGAGUUGGAAAUCAGACACGAAGUGGACGAGGCGACGAAGAAAGCGAAAGCGGACAAGGAGAUCGGGGCGGACGAACUUUCGGCCGACAUUUACGCGGAAGAGCUCGUGAAAACGGUCAAGGGCGUGUCCAUAUUCAGUCCCCUGCAGCACAAGAGACUCGGGCCCGCGGUUAAUAUUUAAACGUGCGGAAGGCAUCUUUUUUUACCUUUGAAACCCAACGGUAUACAUAGACCUUUAUUUAUACA